AUGGCUUCACUCUUGGUCCUAGUUACCGUUAUCUGUCUUACCCUACGGAUAUAUUUUGUAUCUGGUGAUUGUAUUUGGUAUGGAAUUUGUGAUGACCAUGUGGCUGGACACCCAAGAUAUUGUUCCUACAACGGGUCGGCAAGGGCGUUGGGGAAAGAUGCCUUAAAAACACUUUCCACUCUUUGUCCAAAUUAUGCAGUAGGUGAUUCAAAAGUAUGUUGUGAUGAGAAACAGUUGGACUUCUUCUCGAAAUCUGCUUCUCUAGCUGCUAUGUUGUUGAAAAGAUGUCCAGCGUGCUAUGCAAAUUUCCGGUUACUUUUCUGUGCUAUGACAUGCGAUCCAAAUCAAGCGAGGUUUAUCACGCCAACAGUCCAUGGGAAACUAGUUGAAUCUAUCACAUACACCUUAACAGAUCGUGUAGCUGAUACAUUCUUCAACAGUUGCAAGGAUGUAACCUUUGGCAGUAUGCAUGCAUUAAGUCUAAUGUGUGGGACUAGUGAGUGUACUCGUCAAUUGUUACUAGAAAAUCUUGGUAAAUCAACUGGUAGUGGUCGUAGUCCAUUCGAUAUUCGAUUUAAUGUUGUCAAUGCAACAGCCUAUUAUGAUAAUAUCAAUCGUAAUUCAAAUAUUUAUCCAUUCGAUUCACUAUCUUAUCAAUGUAAUCAAUCUGUUCCAAGGCGUGCAAAUGAUCCUGGUGGUCCAGCUUGUUCAUGCGUGGAUUGUUCAAGUUCUUGUUCAUCAGAGCCACCGGAUUUACCUCCACAGCCUAGUAGACCAAUAGAAAUUUUUGGUAUUAACAUUUGGUGGUUUGGAGGUUACAUAAUCUUUUCAGUACUGACAAUUACUUUUGCCACAUAUGAAAUUAUAAAACUUGUUUAUGGUCAUGAGUUUGUAUGGACUAAUGGUAGUUGUUGUACAAUUGGACGUCAUCAACAGCAAAAUCCCCUUCUAGAUAAAGAAAGUAAUGAGGAGAGGAGAGUUUGUAUUUUUGCGCGUAUUUCAGCCUACUUCAAUGGAAUUCUUACUAAGGCGUUUUCGUGCCUAGGACGUGUAAUCGCUCAUCAUCCAGUUAUUACACUACUUAUCUCGUUGGGUGUUAUACUAAUUUUAUCAGUUGAAUUAUGGUCUGGCAAAAAAUCACGUUCUAGGCUGGAGAAAAAUUAUUUUGAUGAACAGUUCGGAGCAUUUUACCGAACUGAGCAAAUUAUUCUACGACCGAAGAAUGAAUCGAAUUUCACUCAUAAGGCACUUGGAGAUGCUUCAGGUGAUGUUUUAUUUGGUCCAGGUUUAGACAAACAGUUUCUUUUAAAAGUACUUGAUUUGCAAAAAACAAUCCAAGCCAUCUCAGUUGAUUAUGAACCGGACCAAAAAUCUAUACAAUUGUCAGAUAUCUGUUUCCAACCUCUGCAACCAGACAAUAAAGGAUGUGCUAUAACAAGUCCAAUGGAAUACUUUCAAAAUAAUAUAACCCUAUUCAACAUGGUUAAUAAAAAUGAUUUUGAGCUGCCGAUUAAUGACUAUCUUGAUCACUUAUUAUAUUGUGCUGAUGCUCCACUGUCUACAAGUGGUUCACCAUUGGAUAGUACUGCUGGUUGUCUUUCAUCCUCUGGAAUGCCGUUACCACCGCAAGUUGUUUUCGGAGGUUUUAAUGCGUCAUUUUUCAAUGGAUCAGCUGCUGUAGUUCUAACAUUUCUUGUAAACAAUCAUCCUGAUCCAAAAUCAGUUCAAGUUCUUAAGGCUAAACUAUGGGAAACAGAAUAUAUCAAGGUUGUGAAUCAGUGGAAGCGUAAUAAUUCAGAAAUCAUCGUUAGCUAUCAAGCUGAGCGUUCAGUUGAAGAUGAAAUUGAACGUCAGUCGAAUUCUGAUAUUAGUACUAUAGCGAUAAGUUAUAUUGUCAUGUUCGUGUAUGUCAGCCUGUUUCUUGGAACAUAUCGGAGUUGGAAAACUAUACUUGUUGAUAUGCGUGUAACACUUGGUUUUGCUGGUGUUCUGAUUGUACUUGCCUCAGUGUUGGCAUCAGUUGGUUUUUGGAGUUAUUUAACUAUUCCAAUCACAUUGAUCAUUGUUGAAGUGAUACCAUUUUUAGUUUUAGCUGUUGGUGUUGAUAAUAUUUUUAUACUUGUACAUGAAUUUGAACAUGGUCAUGAUUUAUCUAUUGAUGAUAUAAACCUAUUGAAAUAUUAUCUUCAUCGAUGCAAUAACAAGGACAGUAUACAGAGACAAAUGAACAAUGACGAAUCAUUAAACAGUUCAAAUGGAUCAAUGCUGCAAAAUGGACAACCACAACAACAACAGCAGCAACACGAAAAUCAGUCGAGUCAGUUAAAUGCAGCUAUUAGAGAAUUAAUUGAAGAUAGAAUAGCUCAAUCUGUUGGAAGUGUUGGACCGUCCAUGCUACUGAGUGGUCUGUCAGAAAGUGUAGCAUUCUUUUGUGGAGCACUGACAACAAUGCCUGCUGUACGUGUAUUUGCAUUAUAUGCUGCUAUGGCUAUUGUAUUCAACUUCCUUCUACAAAUAUUUGCAUUUGUUGCUUUAUUAACACUGGAUGGACGUAGAUAUGCAGCUCGCCGUUUCGAUGUCCUUUUCUGUUUUAAACUUGAUGAAAAUGAUUUGCAUACUGUAAACAAAGUUGAUGAACUUGAUAGUAAUGCUAAUAAUCAAGUCGAUGCUGUUGAUUCAUACAAAAGAAAUCCUUUCUCAAGCAACACUAACAAAAACGAUAGUAAAAAUCUCCCAUUAGACAAUGAUUCACUAUCACUCACUUCUACAGCAAUGGAUGAUGAGGUACAUGAAAUUGAUCUAGCUGAACAACAACCUGCUGGUUCAUCCAGCAAGCAAACAAUCAAAAAUAAAUCAUCAUCACACUCCUGGUUGCAUUAUGCUGUAGCCAACUACCUUUGUCCUGCUAUCCUAUCUGGUUGGGUUCGACCAUUUGUUAUUGUUCUUAGCCUGGCAUGGUUGUGUUUCGCUGCAUCAAUCUUACCUAGUGGAUUGCAUAUUGGCUUAGAUCAAAAGUUGUCUAUGCCAACAGAUUCAUAUAUGUUGGAUUACUUCAAUGCACUGAGCAAUGAUUUACGCGUUGGACCACCAGUUUACUUUGUUGUUACCCAAGGUCAUAACUUCACUACAACUGAUGGGCAAAAUCAAAUCUGUGGUGGGACAGGAUGCUUCAAUACAUCAUUGUUACAGCGCAUCAGUUCUGCAUCGACAUACGCCAAUUCUUCAUGGAUUGCUUCUCCAGCUAGUUCAUGGUUAGAUGAUUAUUUCGAUUGGAUUGAUCCAAAUGGUGCACCAUUAUGUUGUCGAAUUUAUAAAACAAACAAAACGUUUUGUCCACCAAAUAUAACUGAUUCCGAUUGUAUUACAUGCCCAGUGAAUUUAAUCAAUGGACGACCUAGUGAUACCGAUUUCAAGUAUUAUUUACGCGAUUUCUUGUCGGAAAAUCCUGGACCUAAUUGCCCUAAAGGUGGAAAGGCUGCAUAUAAUGUAGGUGUUCAUCUGUCAAACAAAAGCACUGAGGAUAAUGAUAUAAUAGUGGGAGCUAAUUACUUUAUGGCUUAUCAUAGUGUACUCAAACAACCCGAUGAUUAUAUCAGUGCAUUAAAGGCGGCUAGGUAUUAUGCUAAUCAAGUAACUCAGUCAUGGUAUGCAGCAACCGGUCAAGUGGUUGAUAUGUCUGGACCAAUACAAAACAAUACAGUUUUCCCUUACAGUGUAUUCUAUGUUUUCUAUGAACAAUAUUUGACAUUAGCAAAUGAAGCAGCCUUUCAACUUGGCAUUUGUUUACUCGCCAUCUUUGUUGUCACUUUGAUAUUCUUUGGAUUCGAUAUAAUCGCUACACUAAUGGUUAUCUUUGGUGUUGUUUAUAUUGUUAUCAGUGUAUCGGCUGUGAUGGUACUAUGGUCAAUCAGUUUAAAUGCUUUAUCCUUAGUAAAUUUAGUUGUGGCUUUGGGAAUAUCUGUUGAAUUCUGUGCCCAUAUAGUUCGAUCGUUUACACUAAGCGUAUCGCCUACGCGUUUGGAACGCGCUAAAGAAGCUCUCAGUGAAAUGGGUAGUUCUAUUCUUCGUGGUAUUACACUAACUAAACUAGGCGGUAUAGUCGUCUUGGCUGCAUCUAAAUCGCGUCUGUUUCAAAUUUUCUACUUUCGAAUGUAUUUAUGCAUGAUAUUGUUUGGUGCUUUAACUGGGCUAAUUAUUUUACCUGUUUAUCUUAGUUAUUUUGGUCCAAAACGAAAUUUGGCCAUAGCUAAUCGUCAUCAAACGAAUAAUUAUCUUAAAAGAGGAGACUUAAAUGCAUCAAGACAGACUGAUGGAGACAGAUAA